AUAAAACAACCCAAGAACACUGGUCCACAGGCCUCCGACCUCCGACUAGCAUAGGAUUCAUUUGGCGGCGUCGCAGCGAAACCGCCGGUGGAGGCGAAGGAAGGGUCUCUUGGGCAAUUUGGUAAUAUCACUUUUUAAAUCCAAAAUUUCUUGGAUUUUGAAGGAAUCGGAACCCAACUUCAGAAGGAAUUCAAUUGCAUGAUAGUUUGCGAGAUUUUCAGCAACUAAAAAUGCAGGCCAUGGAUAAGGUUACGGAAGAGGUGGAGAAGGUGAAGAAGGAAUGGGACGAGACUUGCAGGAAGACGCAAGAGCACAUCACCGAGAUCGCACAGUACGGCCGAUCUGGCAGGCCCAACGACCAAGAGCAGAACUCGCUUCCCAGAUUGAACGCCAUUGCUCAGGAUGGUUUGGCUCUACUUUCUUCUUUGAUCUUCAAGCUCGAUCUCCUCGCUCCGCAGUUGCCAACUGAUUCAGAGGUCCAAUCUGCUCGCGAUUCGCUUGAAUCAUGGAAAACCCUCAUUCAAACUUUGCGAUUGAAUCUGAGGAAUGCAAAUAUGCAAGCAAAGGCUAAUAUGCGGAAAGCUGCUCAGGAGGAGAGAGCACUGCUUCUAGGUGGGGGAGAGGAGUCCACGGCUCGAAGACGCAACUUACAGACAAAAGCUGGAAUGACAUCUGCUGCAGAGAGCAUCACUGAGAGCCUUCGUCGAACUCGUCAAUUGAUGGCUCAGGAAGUUGAAAGAAGCACAAGCACACUAAUGACUCUUGAUGAAUCAACUGGAGUAUUGAGAAAGGCUGAAAGUGAAUAUAAAGGGCACCGCUCCCUGUUGAUGAGAACACGGAAUUUGCUCUCCACAAUGCAACGUCAAGAUGUUUUGGACAGGAUUAUAAUGGCGGUUGGCUUUUUAUUAUUCUCCCUUGCUGUUCUUUAUGUUGUUUCCAAGCGGAUCGGACUGCUCACGUUGCAGAGAAAGGUUACUGAAGCCAUAAAGGCUGGUAUGGCUGGGAAGGCGGAACUUAGACCACAAGAUAUUGUUGAUAAAAUAAAUAUUAAUCAUGUUCGUAAUAUGGAGGCUCCUAUAGAUCAAAGAAUACACGAUGAACUUUGAUGCAUUUCUAAGGAGCAAUAGCAUGUUGUCCAGGGUUGUUAGAAUAUGCAUUUCUGAUGUUAACUAGGAAGCUUUAACGUUUAUCUUAAUAUAAUUCCUUUUGUUCAUGUUAGAGUCUAGAGGCCUUUGAGCAUGAGAAACUUGUCAAUAGUGUGAAAGUAUGUAUAGAUUGUUGGAGAAAUAAGAAAACAGUUAACCA